CCCUACAAGAUGCUCAACAAGAAGAAGCCUAACCUAGCCAAACUGUCACUUUGGGGCUGCCAAGUCUGGGUACAUGACCCUAGUGGUAGCAAACUUGAACCAAGGGCAAAAGAUGGGCACUGGGUAGGAUUUGACCUAGAGAGCAACAGGCACUGGGUCUACAUGCCAGACCAGAGAUGAAUUGCUGUUGAGCAUAAUGUGUCUUUUGAGAAGCUGACCACACCUACCAUCCCAAUGGCACUUCCACAGAGCAUGCCACUUGAGGGGGAGAAGGAGUCCAGUGGUGAGCAGCAUGCAACACCUCCAGUCAAAUCACAAGUUGACCACCUGGGUGCAAACUUCCAGCCAAAUGAUCCUCCAGCACCAUGCCAUAGCAGCCAUGCUAGGAAAGAGUCACCAUACUUGCAGAUGUUAUGCAAGGGUGAGGGAACUACAGAUGGGAAGAGUAGUGCACCACCACCAGGCAUCCAGGAAGGUACUGCUAACACCACUGGUGUAGUGGGUGAGGUCAGUAAUGAGGGGGAGUCAGAGAUCUUCGUAAUGCUCACAGAGUUGGCAGAGCUGGAUGAUACUAAAGACAUCACUGCUAUGGCAAUGGCUGUAUCAGAUGUAGAGGGACUAGAGCCUCACACCAUAGAAGAGGCAUGCCAGAGAGGUGAUAGAGAGCAGUGGGAUGGAGCCAUCAAAGCGGAGUUGAUGAGUCUAGAGCAAGCGGG